AUGCGUUUAUUACUACUAUCUACUCAAUUGAACCUACUUGACCUGUGGAGUCUAAACUUAUUUUGUCUUAAUCUAGGGACUCCCCUGCACAUUGCUGCCAAGGAAAGAAACAAGAGGGUGGUCAGGUUCCUUGUCGAGAACGGCGCGUUCCUGCCCCCUGACCUGAACGACCACAGGUUCAAUCCACCCCUCCACUACUGCUCUGGCCUGGAGUGGGCGUACGAGAUGAAGCGCAUGCAGGACGAGAGUGACUCGGGCGGCGAAGCUUCCUUCAGCUCGUCCAACUAG